UUCAACAAAAAACUCUUCCUUCAAAUCAUCCUCAUUUGGCUGGUUCAUACAAUAACAUCGGUAAUAUGUACAACAAGAUGGGAGAGCAUACCAAAGCACUUUCAUUUCUCGAACAAGGACUUGAAAUCUUUAAAAAAUCUCUGCCUUCAAAUCAUCCUUUAUUGGCCACUUCAUACAACAACAUUGCCCGUGUGUUUGACAGCAUGACAGAAUACUCGAAAGCACUGUCAUUUCAUGAUAAAGCACUUGAAAUCUUUAAAAAAACUCUGACUUCAAAUCAUCCUGAUUUGGCUACUUCAUACAACAACAUCGGUUUGGUUUAUGACAGGAUGAGAGAAUAUUCGAAAGCACUUUCAUUUUACGAAAAAGCAUUUAUGAUUCGACAAAAAACUCUUCCUUCAAAUCAUCCUAAUUUGGCUGCUUCUUACAACAAUAUCGGUAAUGUCUAUGAUAGCAUGGGACAGUACUCGAAAGCACUUCCAUCUCACGAAAAAGCACUUGAAAUUCGACAAAAAACUCUUCCUUCAGAUCAUCCUGAUUUGGCUGCUUCAUACAACAACAUCGGUUGUGUGUAUGAUAGCAUAGGAGAGUAUUCGAAAGCGCUUUCAUACCACGAAAAAGCACUCAAUGUUCGACAAAACAGUUUUCCUUCUAAUCAUCCUGAUUUGGCUAAUUCAUACAACAACAUCGCUUUCGUGUAUGUCAAGAUGGGAGAAUACGAGAAAGCACUUUCAUAUUUAGAACGUGCUCUGGACAUCAGGCAACGUGCAUUACCUCUAACUCAUCCUGAUAUAAAGACUACGAAAGAGAGUAUUGAAAUUGUAAAAGAAGAGAUUAUAAAAAAUAAGUGA